AUGAUCCGAGCAGGAACUGUAAUAAUCCGAUCUGAUUUAGACAAGAAGAGGCCGAGGGAAUGGGAUGUCGAAGCAGGUGACGACGAAGAUAAUGACGAACGGCGUUCGUGUGAAGGUGGUGACGACGAUAGCGGUGAUGGGCUUUUGUAUGAAGGUGAUUCCGACUCUGACACAGAUGACGAUUUCACUACGAAGCAUAAGGUUGUUGAAAGAGCUGUCUGGGACACCGCAAAAUCUCCUAUGGUCCAAGAAGAAGAUGGUGAAAGGAAUUGCCUCGGUGUAAGUCCGUGCCACAAAGACAGUCACAAAGCGAAGUUCAGGGGAUUAGUCAUUUUCGAACUGUACAAAGUCAUAGUCAAAUUGAACGACAAAAUCCGCAGCACCCCCUUGGUCAACAGCCGAACAUACGGGGAAAUCACGCAACCGGCAUCCGAGUAUUGGGAUUACAAUCCGGUACCGAUAAAUUAUUACAGGGCGAGCCACAAGAAAGCUGAUACUAUUGAUCUUGACCCAUAUGCCCUACUUCCCCUGUCUGGUGCUGAACCCAGACCCCCAAUGUGUGAAGAAACUGGAGCAUAUAUGUAUUUUGCUUUCAAGAUCAAUGAUGAGGAUAUACUGGUUGCUGGUGAAGAUGAUGAUCAUGUGAAUCUCGACCUAUUUCCAGGUGAUGGUGUAUCUAAGUACUGCGAUUUAAAUGUUUCUGCAUCCGAUGAAAGAUACUUGGACGAGUAUGGUCCCUGUAUCCGGAGGUCUGUGGUUGGAAAACCCAGCACCAGUCCUAUACUAAUGAUGGCCUACAGUUCCAAGUAUCGUGGAACAUGGGCUACUAUUGAUGUUAAGCUGUUGAAUGAAGGGUUUAAGGCUGUUUCUGGUUUGAUUGCUGCUAGGCCUUGCAUAUUUUACUCGAGGAUUCGUUUGCUUUCACUUAAACGAAGGGAUGAGGAUAAGACGGUGAUGAUUCAGAGAAGUGAGGAUGGUUGGGUGGGGAAUGAUGGAAGUAUUAAGCUUACAAGGUCGUUGGUGGCUGUUCCUUCCAUUUCCUCGCUGAUUAUUGGGGCCGUGUUGUAUGACCGUGAGAACGGUGAGAACCUUAUUUGCAGUGGCAAGACCUUUUUCCCAGCUAUGGAAAUGGGGGAGGAAACCAAGAUCAUUUCCUAUAAUGGCGCACCCACACUUAAAGUUACUGCCCGCUGGAAAUGCAGUGAAACAGUCUAA